UUGUCUUGUAUUGGCAACAACAGAAAAAAAACCACAAAGCAAAAAAGCCAGCAUGAUUUGUCACAUAGGGCGGUACAAUUCAAUUUCGAAAACAAAAUACGACCGUUGACGACCUUCAUCAACCACACCUCUCACAAACCCCCACUUUUCACUUUCAUACCCCCACUCACCAUGAGACGCCAUGGCUGGCAACGUCCUCUCCACCCUUUACAGUUUGUAGGCAUCGGAAUUUAUAGUUUUCUUCUAGUUUGUUUCUACACUUUCCUCGGACUUUUCCUUGGAAACCGAAUUGCAGAGAUAACACUCACCUUCAUAUUUUCCUUCAUGGCAAUUUCGGUUAUGUUUCUGUUUGUGAGGUGUACUGCGAUUGAUCCUACAGACAGAACUAGUUUCAAGAAAAAGAACAAAAAGAACAAAAGGAAUGUAAUUCAGAAGCUCAACUAUGGAUUUAUUAUAGGUCAGAUUGUGGUGAGGUUUUUCAAGAGGGUGGAAAAGAAGGUGCUUAGGACUUUCAUUAAGCGGAAGUACCUUGAUCCGGUGAAGACGAGUGCGCAAGUGGAACCUCUUCUUCCAUUUCCACUGGUUAUGAAAUUUGAUGAUGAUGCUAUUGCUCCAGAUCUUAAAGAGGACGAUAUCUCUUUUUGCAUACUUUGUGAUUUUGAGGUGAAAAAGCAUAGUAAGCACUGCAGAACUUGUAAUCGUUGUGUUGAAGGGUUCGAUCACCAUUGCAGGUGGUUGAAUAACUGUAUUGGGAAAAAGAACUACACAACGUUCUUUCUUCUUAUGAUUUUUGUCCUGCUAAUGCUUAUCAUUGAAGGAGGGACUGCAUUUGCUAUAUUUAUCAGGUGCUUUGUGGAUAAGAGAGGAAUAGAAAAGGAGCUUCAUAAGAAACUUUUUGUAGAGUUUCCAAGAGGAGUUCUUGCCACCAUAUGUGUGUUUCUUAUGGCAUUGACAGCUUAUAGUUCAGCUGCACUGGGGCAGCUUUUCUUCUUUCACGUGCUCCUAAUACGAAAGGGCAUGAGGACCUAUGACUAUAUUCUUGCAAUGAGAGAAGAGAAUGAUGCGAUGGAAUUGGAGUCGUUUGAUGAUUCUGACCUCUCAUCGGAUGACAGUAUUGAUUUUGACUCACCUGAAAAGCCAACACUAAUGUCAAGGUUUCUAUGCAAAGGACAGAGCUCGCCGAGGUUGUCUAUCAAGAUUGAAAGAGAUACUGAACCUUCCCCUUUGAUCAAUACAAAAAGGUUUCAUGUAAGCAUUAACCCUUGGAAACUCAUCAAAUUGACCAGUGAAAAAGCUCUAGUUGCAACUGAGAAAGCGAGGGAAAGGCUAGUGCGAGAAAGACCGACAAGAGAGCAUAGUUCAUUAAAACCUCUUCCAUUGGAAACAAAACGUGGACCAUUGAUGAAUGUAGAUCAAAAUAUAGGCAAUGAGGGAACUGGGUCAACAUCAACACCUUUUAUAGCAAAAGGAAAACUUCAUGUAUCACCGGUAAGGCUUUCAAGCCCAAGAAGAAGAUUUUCUGCAGGCUCGUCAUCGGUGUUCUCUAGCAGCAUGAUAGCAUCUCCACAACAUAAAUACAGAAGCAGUUUUGACUUGAAGCUAACAGGCGUGUCUAGAGAGCUUGAAACACAUAUUUCCAAGCAGGUCCUAUGUUCAGUUAUCAGCAAAGAUGGAAGUGAAGUUUCCCCAAGAUAGGCAUUGUAUUUUAUAAAUUGAGAGUGAUUCUCAAUCUUAGAGAAGGAUUUGUUGAUAUAUUUUCUUUAUAACAUUGUUCCUUAUAUAUAUACAUGGGAUUGUCAAUCUUUAUGUAACAUGAAUCUCUGUUUACUUACUAUAGAUAUAUACAUGAGAUAGUUCCGGUCAAUGGAUAUGUAAGUAUAACUCCGUUUUACCUGUUAAUUUUCUUACAGAGGCAAUGUAAUCAUGUUACUUUUCUAGCUA